GCCAUCGCCACUCCUUUUCUUCUUCACUUGUGAGGCGACUUGUGAACGAAAGGCGCCCCACGCCAUGGACCGCCACCCCAACCGGCGGCCAAGUGCCGCGCGAUGAACGCCUCAGUGGAUGGACCUGUGGAGGUGCCAGUGACGCCCGUCGUCCCAUCCAUACCCGUCCUGUGGGCGCCCUUCCUGGCGACGAUCUGCUUGGCUGCGGCGAUGGACGUGUGCUACGUCAGCCGGGGCAGCCGGGAGAACUGUCAUUUGCCAUCAUAUGCGAGGCAGAUUGUGUGGUGGGUCCUGGUGGGAAUCCUUUUCGGUGGCUGGGUCGUCCUCCUGCUGGGUUGGUCCGCGGGCGCCAGCUGGAGCUAUGGCUAUUUCCUGGAGUACAUGCUGUCAGUGGACAACUUGUUUGUCUUUCAGCUGGUCUUCAAGUCCUAUGCCACCCCAGAGUCUCACGUGGAGCGCGCGCUCUUCUGGGGCAUCGCUGCGGCCAUCUUGCUCCGCCUGGGCUUCUUCGGGGUGGGCACGUCGCUUCUGGCCAUGGGCUUCGUCUCGAGGUUGGUCUUCGGCGUGCUACUCAUCUACUCGGGCAUCAAGGCCUUUUGGGACGAGGACAAAGAAGAGGAUCCGCGGAAGAACCUGCUGGUGCGUUGUGUGGCACGUCACCUGCCGCUCCACGACCGCUACACCGAGGAGCCUAUCUUCUUCCUCCACGUGGAGGAGUUGCCGCCUGCUGUGGAGCUGGCUCCCGUGGCCGUUCCCACCGGCGCUGCUGCGGGGCUUGGCCCAGCGCCGAAGGUGCUUGGGAUGAGAAAGACCGAAGAAUUGGAGCUGCACGGGAUGAUGGACGUCGAAGACGCCUCGGCCCAGGCUUCAAAGCUUAAAAGACUGAAAGUGACACCGCUCUUCUUGGUCGUGCUCACCUUGGCGGUGAUCGACGUGAUCUUUGCCGUCGACAGCGUCACUGCCAAGGUCUCGUCGGUCCACAGCUUCGACCCUUCAGUGAGUUUCUUCCUGAACCUCUCCUCAUCGGCGUUUGCCAUGUUUGUCCUGCGCAGCUUAUAUUUGGUCGUGGACCUGCUGACGCAAUCCUUUCGCUUCCUCAAGUAUGGUGUUGGAGUCGUUCUGGUCUUCAUCGGCUUGAAACUGAUCCUCUCUCAUUGGGUUGAGGUCAGCAUGUCGCUCUCCUCGCUGCUGAUAGUAAGCUUUUUGAUCUGCUCGAUUGUGGUUUCAUAUUUGCCCUGCUGCAAAGAUGGUGGGGAGAAGGAGGACACUUCUGCCAGAGAUGUCCAGCUUGAUGAUAUUGACGACGAUGUCUUUGUCAUUGGUGAAACCGAGACGCCUGGUGGCAUUUGAACCGCCAUGGCAGCUGCGAACAAACGAAAAGACCUGCGCUGACGGAGUAGCCUUGGACAGAGGUGGCAGAAGGCUUUUGGCCACUGCGCUGGGUAGAUGCGAAAAGAUGGCGGCGCUGGGUAGAUGAGUGACUGGGGGCCUGAGUACGCCUAAAUAGUCGUGGAGCUUCAUACCGCUUCGUUCCU